CCGGUGCUGAUUCGCCGCGCGGGGGUAGCUAAGCAGGGUCGUUUCGGGACGGCGCCUGGAGGGGUGACUUGCGGCCAGGGCCUGGGACUGGGCCGCGUUCCGCACACCCGGUGGGGAUGCGCGGGUCGUCGGUUCCUGGGACGCUAACCCCGCUGUUUCCCCCGAGGCUCCAGCCCCUCUCGCUGUCGGCUCCGCCGGCGGGGGGCUGGCCGUGGGGCGGGCCGGGCGCGGGGUGGCCCUGGGGCGGAGCCCGUAGCCCCGGGAGCGGUGCAGCGGCGGUGGCGGCGGCGGGGACCCAUGGCCCUCCCGGCGGAGGCGGCCCGGCUGGACGGGGGCUGGCAGGAGGUCUACUCGGCUCUCCAGUGGAUACAGUUCACCAUGGCCAUGCUCAGAUUCGUCCACUUUUCUACCUGAGCCUCUCCGACCUGUUUCUGGGCAUGUGCUGGCUCGCUGGAGCACUUCUGUAUAGCACACCAACCUCCAAGCAGGAUCUCAUCUGCUAUAACCUGCAGGCAACAGGACAAAUAUUCUACGUGGCCUCUUUUCUAUACACUGUCAACUACACCUGGCACCUGUACAUGGAUCUAAAGAUGAAAUACAAUCAGAACCUUUUCAGGAUCGCACCCCAGGUUGUAGAUUAUGCUAGUUGCAUUGGCCGAAUAGCAACGAUCUCGUCUAGCCUGAUCCCUUUCCUUCUCAUGGUGCCUGUGUUUUGCCUGGGCAACAGCAGUAAUUGCUACCAGAACUUCAGCCAGAAGCACGGAUGUCUCUUGAUGCACACGGAAAUAGCCAUGCCCACCAACGAGCUGCAAACCCUGAGUGGCUCUGUUUGCCGUGCGAUGCAUUUCUAUGGCAUUGGGGUCUUCCUCAUUUCCUUUCUGAUCAGCUUCAUAGCCAUUCUGGUUAUACUCAGUCGAGCCCGAGGUUUGUACAAAAGGUUUGUAAAUGCCACAGGAUUCCUGGGGGAUCAGCAGUGGGCCAUGAUUAAGACGGUAGAACAACGGGUGGUGUUUUACCCCAUCGCAUUCUUCUGCUGCUGGGCCCCAGCUGUCCUCCUUGGAAUACUGAAGCUGACUGUUUCAACAAACAGCAAAAUCUACAUGGCUCUUCUGAUUCUACAGGCUCUGACAGCAGCUUCCCAGGGGCUUCUGAACUGCAUCGUGUACGGCUGGACCCAGCACGUCUUCCUCUCCCUCAAACGCAACGCCUGCCGGGACGUUGACACUCAGACUCCUCUCUUGCGCUCCCAGAAGAAAUUCUACGCCAGCACGUUCCCCGCCAGCCCGCCGGAUGCGGAGGGCUCCACGUCCACCCUGCUCUGAUGAAUCCCUGUGUCAAAGGAGGACAGGCAGCGUCCUAACGAGGCCUCGUCGUGUUUUAGCAACGUCAGCCAGACCCGGCAUUGGGCUGUCUGCUGCGAACAGUCUUGCCAGCAGCAAAGUUAGUUGUAGUGCUGGAGGAGCCUGAGCAGCUCUGUCGGAGACAGACACUUUGAUGAAGAUAGUUAUUUAUUUUACAGGUUUGUAUGGACUGUAAAUCUAUUCUUUAAACAUGGGAAAUCUUUAGUACAGACUUUCUCCUUAUGGAAAUAUCUCUAGAAAUGCAAAAAAUUAUAUGUAACAGCUCAGAGACCUGGUACAGCUCCUUUGAGGGUAGGUGGUCAAAGGAUGUUUUACUUCUCUCAGUAUUUGCCAUUACAAAUUAACAGUAAAGCAAAGGUGAAUAUUUUUCAA